UCCAGCGCGGGCAUCUCCAGUAGAGCAACUUCAGGUAUUGAAAUGAGUUCAAUUGCUGGUCUCCUAGGGCUCUGUGCCCUGGGUGUUCUGACUCAAGGAGCUCGCAGCAUUAGUCUGAGUGUGAAUCCUGAUGGCGGAAAUGUUUCAAGUCCUCUGUUGUAUGGGUUUAUGUUUGAGGAUAUCAAUCAUUCAGGAGACGGUGGUAUUCACGGACAGCUUCUCCAAAACAAUGGGUUCCAGGGAGACAGUCCGAACCUGACAGCAUAUGCCGCAGUCGGAGAUGUUUCCCUCGCUGUGGAUUUUGAUAACCCAUUGACUUCUGCCAUCACCAGGUCCCUGAGGGUUGAUGUUCCGUCAAAUACUACGGGACAAGUCGGUUUCAGCAACGAAGGAUACUGGGGAAUCCCCGUUGACGGAACUACCUAUACCAGUUACUUUUUCAUGAAAGGUAACUAUAGCGGAGAUGUCACCAUCAAACUCGUCGGUACGACUAGUGGAAUCGAAUAUGGAAAGAGCACAUUGCAAGUCAACAGCGGUGAUAAGUUUGCGGAGUUCAACACUUCGUUCCCUACUACGCGUGCGCCUGACGGUGAUGUGCUUUACACCUUGACUUUUGACGGGGCACAAGCUGCAGGAGACUCACUGUGGUUUGAUCUGGUUAUGCUGUAUCCGACUACCUACAAGAACCGGUAUAAUGGUCUGAAGACGCAAAUAGUCGAUGUCCUCAAUGCAGUUAAGGGCUCUUUCCUGAGGUUCCCUGGCGGUAAUAAUUUGGAGGGUGUCAGCCCAUCUGACCGCUGGAAAUGGAACGAGACUGUCGGUCCUCUUGAAAAUAGACCUGGUCGUGAAGGAGACUGGACUUAUCCUAACACGGAUGCUCUGGGGCUUGACGAGUACUUCUACUGGUGCGAGGACAUGGAUCUGGAACCUGUCCUCGGUGUCUGGGCAGGAUUCUCGCUAGGUGGUGGUGGUGGCACUCCACUCACGGGAGACGCCCUGCAACCCUAUAUUGAUGAUGUUCUGAACGAACUAGAAUACAUCCUUGGAGAUUCGAGUUCCCAAUACGGUGCAUGGAGAGUCGCCAACAUCGGCCGGACAGAGCCAUGGCCUUUGACGAUGGUGGAAAUCGGAAACGAGGAUAACCUCGGCGGUGGCUGCGCCAGCUACCCGGAGCGAUUCCAAAGAUUCCACGACGCAAUCAAGGACCAGUACCCGCAAUUGAGGAUUAUAGCAAGCACUUCAAACUCGACCUGUCUGCCCGACCCGCUACCCGAAGGUGUCUGGACGGACUAUCACAACUACAACACGCCUGAGAACUUCUACGACGAAUUCGACUUUUUCGACAAUGUGGACCGUAGCUUUCCUUACUUUGUGGGGGAAUACUCCCGCUGGGAAAUCGACUGGCCCAACAUGCAAGGCUCCGUCAGCGAGGCCAUCUGGAUGCUGGGCAUGGAGAGGAACAGUGACGUUGUCAAGAUGGCAGCGUACGCUCCAACGCUCAACCUAGUCAACUCGACUCAGUGGACUCCUGACCUGAUUGCGUUCAACCAAAAUCCAACAGACGGUGUGUUCCUCACCACUAGUUACUAUGUCCAGCAACUAUUCUCAACCAACCGCGGCGACACCAUUAAGGAGGUUACUUCCGACAGUGACUUUGGCCCCGUCUUUUGGUGUGCCUCCAGCAAAGGCUCAACUUACUACGUGAAGCUGGCCAACUAUGGUCAAGAUACCCAGUCUCUUAAUGUGACCAUUCCCGACAAAACGACUGCCACUCUGACCUACGUCGCGAACGACGACCCCAAUGCGUAUAACAGUGACGAGCAGCACCCAGUCUCUCCAGUCACAAAGACCUUGACUGGAAACGGCACGUUUAGCUUUACACUUCCCGCUUGGGCUGUGGCUGUUUUGGCUGCCAACUAAAUCAAGUAAAUACGCACACAAAGUAUAUAAUAUAUCCAGGAUAAAUUGAAUAUGCGAAGGAUGAAUAUAUUCCACAUAUAUACCCUCUAUUGAUAUCAAACAAUCUAUGUCUUUAAGAUCAAUCGUAGAUAUACCAUCAGGAAUCUUCAGGAGAACCAUUAGGUACCUAGCCAAAGAUGAAAUCUCAAUCAUUGUA